AUGAAUCGUUAUUUGUAUGACAGUGGAAUGCCGUCGACAAGUACAGCUGGUCUUCCAGUUACGCCGGCUGAGAAGAAGGUAAAAACAUCCGAUAACACUCGAGAAACUAAAAAAAUUAUUCAAAAUGUUUAUAACUUUUUAUCAAACUGCCGUUAUGAACAAGUUAAUUUUAACAAAACCAAAACUUUGACGGCAGAAGCAUGUGGUGUAUCACUAAAAACUGUACAAAAUGUAUUGAAAGAAUACAAAAAAAAUGGUAAAAUUUUAUCGCCACGAAAAAAAUUUGUAGAAAAAUCUUCGAAAAAACCAAAAUCUUACAUGGACGAUUUUAAUCAGGAUAUUGUUCGUCGUGCAAUUUUAGAAUUUUACGACAGAUCUGAUUAUCCGACAGCUAAAAAAGUUCAGAAAAAAUUAAUCGAAAGAAUUAAUUAUAAUGGUUCGGUGAGGUCAGUUGAACGUCUUAUUUAUAAUUUAGGCUUUCGAUUUAGGAAAUGCGAAGACGGGCGGAAGUUUUUAACCGAAAAGGGCAAAAUAGUUGUAAACAGAUUGGAAUUUCUUAGAAAAAUGAGAGACGUCAGAAGUAAAACUCCUAAUAAACCAAUUUUUUAUUUGGAUGAGACUUGGCUCAAUCAGUACCACUCGCCGACAAAUUAUUCAUGGCAAUACAGUAAUGUUGAUGGAGGGUUAAAAAUACCAACAGAGGAAGACGUUACACUUAUUCUUCUUCAUAUCGGUUCGGCUAAAACAGGUUUUAUACCACAAUGUAAAUUAUUAUUUAAAAGUACUAAAAGCGCUUCCUCGGGUGACUACACAGGAAUGAACGAUGAAAUUUUCAGAGAAUGGUUUAUGAACAUGAUAAAUUUAUUAGACGAACCGAGUGUUAUAGUAAUGGAUAACGCAAGUUACCAUUCUAUGGAAUCACAUAAAGCACCAACAAUUAACUCAAAAAAACAAGUUAUUCAAGACUGGUUGAAUGAUAAAAAUAUUUCAUAUUCAUCAUUAGAAGCCAAAGCGGAGCUUUUUGAAAAAGUUAGAAUAAAUAAAAAAAAUAGACGAGUGUACCAACUAGACGUUGCGGCUCGCAAUGCGGGUCAUGAAGUGGUUCGUCUUCCUCCAUAUUAUCAUUAUCAAUACAACCCUAUGGAGAUGAUUUUUGGCAGAAUAAAGACCGAAAUAGCAUAUAUGAACAGAACUUUUGAUAUUACUGACGUAGAAAGAUUAACCCAUGAAGCUAUUGACAAUGUUACUGUGCAACAUUGGAAGAGUUGUGUUGAACAUGCGGAGAAAAUGCAAAAAGAAGACUUAGAAAAAGAAUUAAUUAGAGAAAGUCAAAUGGAAUCUGUUAUUUCAACAAUAAUGCCGGAAGAUGAUGAUUAUUCCGAUGUUUCAGAUAGUGAAUGA